AUGUCGUCGACUUUAGAUGACUUCGUAGCUGAAGUGAUGUCCUACAUUGCGCCUAGAAAGUGUGGAGGGCCUUCAACGGUCAGAGUGAAGCUCUUCAACAUGAUGCGGGACAUUUCAGCCGUCCGCAAUUGGGCGGAUGAGAUGGCCGCCGUCAUGAAGGCUGAAAUGGAAGAAUACCAAACUCACAGGAAAGAAGUGUUGGGUCUGAUCGACUGCGUGCAAUGGUUGGCCCAAAAGUACAAGAAGGCUACUGCGGACCACCACACCGAAAAGUAUUGGUGGUGCAGGCCUUUCACAUCGUAUGGAAAACGCUCCGAGGCGAAGUCCAGUGUUGCAAUGUGCAGAGGUGCAAUAGUUCCUGUUCUCAAUCGCUGGGAACUGGAUGACGAAGAGGAAUGGACGCGCUUGUGGAUCGCACAAUGUACUCGCUCAUGA